AGAACAGUCUCCCAGCUCUCUAUACCUACCACCUCCAUCCUCACCUGCCAAGAUGUUGUUUGCUGUGAGCCUCCUCCUGCUGUGUACUGGAAUCUCUGCCUCUGCAGAUCUUCAGUGUACAAUAAUCCCAGGAAAACUCACACAGAUUGAUGCCGGCGCUGGUGAAGUGUACGGUGUGAACAAUAAUGAUGACAUUUUCCGCUGGGUAAAUAAUGACUGGCAGAACAUUCCUGGAAAGCUCACCCAUGUUUCUGCUGGACCUGCUGGAGUUUGGGGUGUGAACAGAGCCAACGUCAUCUUUAAGAUCCAGGACAAUGAAUGGAUGUCUGUAUCAGGGCUCUUGAAGCAGGUGGAUUCUGGAGGUGAUAAGUUCUUGGGUGGAGUGAAUGCAGAGGACAGCAUUUUCUGCUUGAAACAGAGUUGUACAGUUUCAAGAUCUUCUGCUGUAGCCUGGACCCCACUGGACGGGGGACUGAAAUAUUACAGCUGUGGGCCAGUGGGCUGCUGGGGAGUCAACAAACCAAACAAUAUUUUCUUCCGCCACAAUGUCAACCCAACAGCCUGCCAGGGAACCCAAUGGCAGCAGGUUGAAGGCAAUCUGGUAAUGAUAGAGGUUGGCACAGAUGGUUCUGUGUAUGGUGUCAACUCAGCAGGCAACGUGUUCAGAAGGGAUGGAAUCAGUGCCAAAACCCCAACCGGAACAUCUUGGACCCAGCUAGACUUGUGCGCCACUUUCAAACACGUCACUUACGACAGCGGCUAUCUCUGGCUUCUCAGCCCAACUGGUGACAUCUAUCGAUGUGCAGACAAUAAAUAACUGAUAUUGCCAUAACACAAGACCAAGUUUUCUCCUUCUAUCCCUUUCAGUUGGUGUUUGGGUAUUCUUGUAUUUCUCCAAUGUUUUGCAUUACUACUAAAAGCUUCUAGUGCUAGCUAGGACUUCUUGUCCAUUGCACAUUUGUGUCUCAUUUCAAAAUUGUUUCAGAGCAAAUAAACUUUGUUGCAUGCAAUUGUUUUCUUUGUUAUUACCAGAGAAAUAUUGUUAAACAAACUUAUCUCACUUUGUCUGAAUAUAAAAGUUUUGAAUUUCCAGCA